AUGACGGAUGUUAAGAAGCAAGUCGUGCACCAUUCACAUGGCCCAGAGGAGAAAAUAGAAUGGGGCUCGACUGUUUCUAUUCACCCCAUGCCUCCUACACUACAAGGGCUUACAAGUGAAGAAAUUGCAUCUUUGGAAAACGCUCUGGUCAGAAAGCUGGACAUCCGACUUAUGCCGAUGCUGGUCUUGAUUUACAUCAUGAAUUAUCUCGAUAGGUACUGGUACUAUUUCAUACAAAUGUUCAAGCACAUCCUACCUAAUAAAAUAUUCAGAAAUGCGAUCGCAGCAGCCAAAUUAAGCGGAAUCACGGAGGAGCUAGGUCUGACUUCGGUUCAGUUCCAGACUUGUGUUAGCAUUCUAUUUGUCGGGUACAUCCUAAUGCAAGUCCCGUCCAAUUUAUUUUUGAAUAAAAUUGGAAAACCCGCACUUUAUCUUCCAACAUGCAUGAUAAUAUGGGGUAUCCUAUGCGGCGUCAGCGGUGCAACACAAGGCUAUGACGGUCUUGUAGCAUGCAGAUUUAUUCUCGGCUUCGUUGAAGCAGCGUAUUUUCCAGGAUGUAUGGCAACCCUGAGCGCCUGGUAUACCCGAAAGGAACUAUCUUUGCGUACUGCUAUUCUCUACUGUGGGUCUCUUCUAUCAGGGGCUUUCUCCGGACUGAUAGCCGCCGGUAUCAAUGACGGAAUGAAUGGAGUGAGAGGCCUCUUGGCAUGGAGGUGGCUAUUCAUAAUCGAGCAGGGCUCGAUCACAGUUUUGAUCGCUUUUGCCGCAUACUUCGUUCUGCCGAAUUUCCCUCACAAUUCGACUUGUAUAACUGAGCAACAACGAGAGCUCGCCAUCUGGCGACUAGCAAAAGAUAUCAGAGAAGAUGAAUGGGACUCUGAAGAGAAACCUACGUUGAUGGGCGGGUUUAAAGAGUGUAUAACCGACUCGAAGACUUGGUUUCUCGUGGUUCUCAACCUUGGUGCAGUUUCCAGCGGUACAAUAAACAGCUUCUUUCCCACCGUGGUAGAAGGACUUGGAGAAAGUCGAAUCCACACACUUCUACUCACGGUGCCUCCUUAUAUCUUGUCCUGCAUUGUUGCUAUGGCUGUUUCUCGAAAUGCCGACCGGACAGGUGAACGCUAUUUCCAUUUCACUCUACCCCUUUGGGUCUCCAUUGCUGGUUUCAUCAUAUCUGCAGCCACGACCGAAUUCGGUCCAAGAUAUUUUGCCAUGAUGAUUAUGCUUCCUGGCGUUUAUACUGCUUUUAUUAUUGGUAUUUCCUGGGUGGCAAAUACGCUUCCUCGGCCAUCGUCGAAACGAGCAGCUGCGCUUGCACUUACAAAUGCGAUAGCAAAUUGCUCAUCGAUCUAUAGCCCCUAUCUCUACCCAGAUAGUGGCGCUCCUCGCUUUAUUCUAGCCAUGAGUGUGAAUGCGGGGACUUCUCUGUUGGCAAUAUUUACUGCUACCGUUUUCCGAUUCAUCUUACAGAAACUAAAUCGGAAACUUGACAGAAGGGAGCUAGAAGGUGGAAACAAUGGAGGUUUUAGAUAUCUCCUUUAG